AUUUACGCCUUACUUCUUUUGCUUUUGGGUGCAUGAGUUUGCAAUCUUAAUUUUCUUAAUGUAGUUCUUGUGUGCAAUUUAUAUAUAGUAUACAAUUCACACUAGAACUGAGUUUGUUAUCCAAUACAUACCUGGAUAACUUACAAGUCUUCGAUACCAGGCUUGUAAGUACUUUUACAUGAAUGUAGGCUAGUCCACUGGGAGUCAGGACUCCAGGAUCUAUUUCUGCCUGACUUCCUGUGUGCAGUAGCCCCAGCACAUACCCUCUGCUUAAACUAAUCUUAGGAUUUUAUGAAUAAGUUUGCACAAGAAAUCAAAACACUCAAAGGGGAUGUAGUAUCUGUUGAUCUUGCAAGCAGAUCACCUAGAUACUAAGGUGUAUAUGGAGCUUUAGAAAUGCCUUAGUCUCCCAACCACUUCAAGGAAAAACAACUUCACUGAUUAAAAAGGCAGAAUUUUUUAAUUAAAAUUUUCUGUCAGUGGAGUUUUGUCAUGGAUACACAAGAGCUCUGCUAUGUCCCAGCUUUUAAACAGGACCUUGGAGGAACCACUGUGUGUCAGAUCCUCGAGAGGUCCCACUCUUGAGGGUAGGCCACAUGGACUCAGCACUGCUGUUUCACAUUGUGAGCUCUGCUCAGUGAAUCCAACAGAGAGACUUCUGCUCAGAAUUUUACACUCUUCAGGGACCAGUGCACCUCAGCAAGUAUUUGCAGUGACAUCUGGCAGGCUUUCAAAACAGAGUCGGAUUUAUUAGUCAGCUGGAACUCAGCAUGAGGAAGUCCUUAGGUUAGCAUAGAGAAAUAAAGGUUAAAACAUAGGCCAUUCUGAUCAAGUCAGCUUUCCAUCUGGCCAAGCUGCUGUGGAAUCUGCUUCUGGCUCUGGGUGGCUCUGUCUCAUGGUCAUUCCCAGAGAUGCAGGUCACAAAUGUCCAGUAGACAAUGAAAUUCUACUCGAAAACCAACUCUUCCCUGACAACUUUGCCAAACGGGAAAUCCUCUCACUGAAGGUGAGAUGUCCCAACAAGGGCUGUCUUCUAAAGAUGGAGCUGAGACAUCUAGAGGAGCAUCAGUUGAAUUGUGACUUCUGCUCUGUGGAAUGCCCACAAUGCCAGGGCUCCUUCCAGAAGAACCAGCUGCAAAACCACAUGACACUGGAAUGCCCACGGCGGCAGGUCUGCUGUCCAAACUGUGCCACAUCUAUGGCUUAUGAAGAUAAAGAGCUUCAUGACCAGAACUGUCCACUUGCAAAUGUGUUUUGUGAAUAUUGCAAUACAGUGCUCAUCAGAGAACAGAUGCCUAAUCAUUAUGAUAAUGACUGUCCUACCGCCCCAGUACCAUGUACAUACAGUGCCUUUGGAUGUCCUGAAAAGAUGCAGAGGAAUGAGUUGGCACGUCAUAUGCAAGAGUUCACUCAGGUUCACAUGAGAAUGAUGGCUCAGACUCUCCGGAGUAUUAGUGUUACUACAACUCCCAUAUCCUACCUCAGUGGCCUAUCCUUUGAGCCGUCUCUCUUCUCACAUGUCCCACCUGCCACAUAUGACUGCAACCCAGAAGUUGAGAACUUCAAGGAAACCAUUCAGCAGUUAGAAGGUCGACUGGUAAGACAAGAUCACCAAAUCAGAGAACUUAUUGCUAAAAUGGAGACUCAGAGUGCUCACGUGGGAGACCUCAAACGCACUAUCCAAAAUCUAGAGGAAAAAAUUACUGAAAUGGAGGCACAACAAUGUAACGGCAUUUACAUCUGGAAGAUUGAGAACUUCAGCACAUAUCUGAGAGCCCAAGAAGAAGAGAGACCUGUUGUGAUCCACAGCUCUGGUUUCUACACUGGGAAACCAGGCUACAAACUGUGUUUGCGCCUACAUAUCCAGUUACCAAAUUCGCAGCGCUGUGCUAACUUUAUAUCCCUCUUUGUCCAUACUAUGCAAGGAGAAUAUGACAGUCAUCUGCCUUGGCCAUUUCAGGGCACCAUACGACUUUCUAUUUUGGAUCAAUCAGAGGGACAUGUAAGGCAGAAUCACGAAGAAGUCAUGGAAGCCAAACCUGAGCUUCUAGCCUUCCAGAGACCGGCAAUCCAGCGCAACCCAAAAGGUUUUGGUUAUGUGACAUUCAUGCACCUGCAAGCUUUGAAGCAAAGAACCUAUGUAAAAGAUGAUACCCUCCUGGUGCGCUGUGAGGUUGUAACACGUUUAGACUUGAACAGUGUACGGAGAGAGGGCUUUCAACCUCGCAGUACUGAUGGGGCUGUAUAGUCUGGUGUGCCCUAACUAAGGGAGCCCCGCACUGCUGUUCUUCCACAACAGAUUGGAAGGACAAGGGCAGGAACGAAGAGAUUUUCCAGAGGGGAAAAGCUUCAUAAGAGCAGUUAUCUGGGUUGAACAAUGCUAUUCUGCAGGCUAAUACAGCUGAUUUGACUGAAUAGAAUUUGCUGCCUUUGGUAUACAAGAUUUUUCCUCUGUUUGUGGGUCAUGUAUUAAAUAUUUCUUACUGUUCUCUGUUAAUGUAUAAAGCUAACUGAGGGAAGUAUUGCUGUGUUAUCAAAGGUGAAAUUCUUCAGUAAGAAUUUAUUGAAGCAGCUCUUUUCCUACACUGGGGGAGGUUGGGUCAAAUUCCACUUCUAGAAGUCUGUGAGAAAGUGGAGCAUUGAAGCGGAAUGCCCCAGGUGUCCUAAAUAUGAAAGUAUUGGAAAGCCCCUAAAAGGGGCAGGGAGCAGGGGAUGAGGAUGGGGAAGCACGUGGGAGGAGUGGUGGUCAUGUGGGGGUGGUAGAGGAUAAAGCAGGGGGAUUACCUGGGCUCAGGCUAGCAGUGUCUAGCAUAGGGGGACUAAGUGCCAGGGCAAGGCAGGAUGAGAGAGAGGUACAACUAGUUCAGGCUGCUCCAGAUCACAUCUCCCUGGGGAGUUAACGCAGCAGGACCCAGAAUCCCUGGGAAGUUUCUCCUGUUUGCUCCUGGGAAUUGGCACCUCCCGCUUCUGGCUCCAACUUCAGCUGGUGCUCUGAGACUAUCCCCCUCCCUGCCCUUCCUUGAGGGCUAACUAGCAGCUGCCCCCACUGACCACUUUGUAUAUGCCUGUCUGCCCCUUUGUCCUGUGGGAGCCAUUCUGUGCCUGUGCACCUGCCUAAGUUCCUCUGUCUUCCUGAUUGACCUCUUGUGCUCCUACCCCAUAGACCUUCCUCCCGUUUGUCCUGCUCUCUGCCCAUCUACCCUUCAGUCUCAGCUGGUUUGUCCCUUUGUCUGUCCCUCUUUCUCACCUAUCACAGCCAGAGGCUUGAAGCACCAGGGCCAAAACUCUGCUGCUGCUGCUCAGGGCUCCUGGCCAGGCCCAGCAGCCUCUUGUCCCUGGGAGCAUCUGAGCUGCCCUGCACCUCCUGCCACCAUCACUGCUGAGCAUCUGCUUUAACUAAAAUUGAUAUGAAGCUGCCAGGAGGCUGCCAGUGGUGGGAUAAGCACCCAGUGGCUGGAGCGUGCAAAGCACUUCCCAUUAUGACCAGCUGCUGCAAGGCAGCAAAAACACUGAGAGAAGCAGGAACAUGGCAGGGAGCAGGGGCUGAGCAGAGCAGGGUUGGUGGGCAGACUGGCCCCACAUGGGGCGGUGUCAUAAGGCUGCUCGCAGGGAGACAGUUCAGAGUGAGGGUUUCCCCUGCUAUCUAGAGAGGUGGAUCGACUUCAUUGCCACAGCUGCUGCUUAAUAGUACCAGAAUGAUGUUCCAGUUUGACUACACCACUGCCCAGGGGGAUGCAAUGCCCAUACUGUAGUGGGAGUGAACUAGCUCAACUAUGGAAGGUGCUUUCGUGCUACAGAUUCAGGAGAUAUUCACCUCGGAAUAUAGACAGUUUCUAAAUGGACUUAAAUCCAAAUGGCAAGAAUAGAGGAAGGAAACAAAAGUACAGACUAUUUUAGUGCCUUUAUAGCUUAGCCAGGGAAUGUGCAGCAAGGGAAACUCCAGCACUUUGAAUUUACCAUGCUCCUUUUGGAAUAUGAAGUAAGGUUAGGACUUAGUCCACAGUCCCUAGAUAUCUAUUGGGGUCUCUCUAUCUUUUUCCUCCCAGGGAAUUAUGUUCAGGAACAUUCAAACAGGAACCCGCAUGAUGGUGUUGAAUCAAUCUUGGACUUCUGAAAGCAUUCUGCAAAACCCAUGCAAUACAGCCCCAGAGAAGGCUAAACAAAUAUUUCUGCUGAAUGUGCUGAGAUCACAGCAGAAAUGCUGAUAGAAACUAUGGCUUUUAAGCCUUAUUUAGGCCUAACUUUUUUUCCCCCCUCUCACAAAAUGUGUGUGUUCACCUUGUUUGCAAUUGUGUAAAAACAUGGCUGACACUCUUCCACUAUAACUAAGGUGGUGCUGGAUGGGUUAAAGUUCUGCAUUGGUAGGGAUGCUCUUUGUGGUGCUAGAUCAUAUUAGUGUGAGAUGUUCGAUGGAGAGGAAGAAGAUAUAUAGUAGGUGGCUCAGGGAUCAUGGAAACUUUUACCUCUUGGUCAUACCUGACUUGUGCCAAACUUACCAGAGAUCUAAAAUCAUUCCUGUCAAACGGCACCGUGUGAAAUGUGGUGGAGCAUCUGUCACUAGUUCUCAAUAGACAUUUGUCUACAUAGUGCCCAAAGUGAUGGCGGCUUGUUGAACUAGAGAGCUCUGGGGCAUAGUAGGUUAGCCACCCUCACCACCUAGAAAAGAACAGGAUGGUAGCCCGCUAAUAGGGCAGUGUUGGUGAACUUGCAUUGCUAUGUGUCCUUAUAAUAAACAAGCACAUUCUAGUUUCUAUAGUGUCCUCUUUCACAAAUACUGCAUUGACUUAAAACAAAAACAAAACUUUGGAGAUUCCUGUGCCUAUUUCUUGGCUUUUCUAGACUGAUUGUCUACAUCCCAUGUUAAUGUUGUAGUCUGGCGCAUUAGAAGCGGGUUAGUCCAAACUCACUGCUGCUAAUAGAAAAAUAAUGGAUUUUAAUGUAUAGAAUUAUUUUCAACUCUACAGUAUCUUCAGGUUUGUAUAUAAACACAGAUUACUUUUUUAAAGCACAAAAAAAAAGCCUGAUUUGUCCUGCUACCAGUGGUAGGCAUAUAGACAAUCUGAUACAGAAAAUAUGGAACCAGGCCAUGCAUAAAUGUAUGAAUAUCUCCCCAGUCAGCAUGGAGCAUUUUUCUGAGUUGAGAAGCUGGCAAGUGGGGUUUGCCUCACCUCUAGUUGUGUAAAUAUUGCUACGGGGCAGCCCAAGUGUCGGUCCCCUUCUAAGCAGCCCAACAAGGACCAACAACAGGGAGGGAGGACAGUUAAGACGCACAGGCCUGGUCUGUUACAAACUUCAUUGUCGGAGCACCACGUUAGAACAGGUUUCUUUGUUUGUUUGUUUUUGCCCACAUGCAGGGGAUCAGAAAUGUCCUAGGCCCUGGAAGGCCUCCGUUUUCAUGGCACCCCAGCCUACUAAACUCAGUAAUGUGAAUGGAGUGUGGGAGAGAAUGUUCUUUUGCAGGCUGAGUGGCUGUACUCUGCACAUCUAGACCACCUUCUCCAUGGAAAAUACUGACAAACGUGAGCACAGACUUGUUUGAAUUGAGUCACUGCAUGUAUGGGGUUUGCUGCUUAAGGGACAAAGUCUGUUCUUGCCCAUCAUGUUACCAAACGGUUUAGCAGGAACCGUAUUAAGACAAAGUUGAAGCAUUCUUAACGCUAGGCUUUGAUUGUGCUUCACAGUGCCGAGGUCAGGGCAGGCGAGCUCUGGCACGCCUGCCACAGGCGGCACGCAAGCUGAUCUUCAGUGGCACUCACGCUGCCCGGGUCCUGGCCACCGGUCCGGGGGGCUCUGCAUUUUAAUUUAACUUUAAAUGAAGCUUCUUAAGCAUUUUAAAAACCUUGUUUACAUACAACAAUAGUUUAUAUAUUAUAGACUUCUAGAAAGAGACCUUCGAAAAACGUUAAAAUGGAUUUCUGGCACGCAAAACCUUAAAUUAGAGUGACUAAAUGAAGACUCGGCACACCACUUCUGAAAGGAUGCCAACCCCUGGCCUAUGUCAUAUACAUGUGUAAAGCAUUUUUUGGUGUUGCAUCGUCACUGACACAUAUACCAAUUCUCCGCUUCCUUUUCAGACGGUCGUUCUUUUCCAAGGACGGACUUGCUUCUCACAUUCCUCCUCUCUUUAUUGUGUAGGAAAUAAAAUCAGAUUCUCUUUCUGGGGACAGAGGGAGAAAGGAGGGGUAACUUCUAACUGAUUCAGGUACCUCUUACUGCCUCUAUCCCCCUCUUCCACGUAAAUUGUACAGUGCAUCCUUUUAAAAAGCCAUCUGCCUGUCCUGUAUGUACGGGUCUUUUGAAGUGCCGACUUAACACCUAUAGGAGUUCCAUUUUCAUUACCCUUUCAAAAGCCUUAAGAUUUGUUGUUACAAAAGUCCGUCAAUUCCCAGGCACAGCUAUCUGCUUUUUAAAAAUCUCAACCCAGUCUACUUUUGACUUGAAAUGAACUUCAGCGUGGUGGCAGCCCUGUAGUAUACAUAAGAUUUUAUUUAUUUAAAUUGGGAUAAUGUAAAAUAGCACAGCCUAAUAGGAAAUAGAGAAGUUGGUGCAGGUUACAUAUUUUUUUUUCUGCCAGUGUGAAACAUUAAUAGUUUUAGCUGCUGGUGAUAUUGUAUCUAUUGUGUACUUAUUAAAGGGUUCACUAUGGAAUUCUAAGCCAGUGCCAAGCUGAUUUAACCACAAAGCUUACGUGGGAGACUUUCUGAGCUGAUACGUUGAAUAUCAGCCAAAUGUAUUCUGUCUUACUAACCUGAUGUACUUAUCUAUGCAGACCUCACUCAACUACUUUUUUUUUUUUCAAAUUAUCUUUGCUACCAGUGCAGUUCCAGAAUUGUCUGUCACAUCACACAUGUGGGAAUGUAAUUUCAGCUGGUGGAAAGAAAUUUGUAGAAUUUAAAUGCUGGAUUGAGUUGCCAUCCAGAUACGUACAUUCUCAGUUGUUAAUGUUAUAUUAUUUAAUCUCUCUUUGAGGUUGGCAUUGUUUGAGAGUUCAAUUUCCAUGAUAAAAUACAGCUUUAUAGUGUAUGUGCUUCACCUUUUCCCCUAGAAGUCUGUUUUUCUUCUCUUUUUAGAAAUCAUUAUGCUAUGACGGUUGAAGAAUGAUCUUGAAAAAUACUUAAAAGGAGAAUGGAUUAUGGAUCACAACUGCCACAGAUUUAUGAAAAUUUCUGGAAUAAAGCAAUCUAAAACAAAUGUGGAGUUGCAAUGAUUAGCCUAGUUUCCAACUGUUAACUUUUUAAGGGAAAUGCUGAAUUUAGGUUUUGUGUACAGUUCUUUCUCUGUGACUCUUGGUGCUUUUGCAAUAUUGUGUGUGUAUUUAUGUAUAUAUAAUCAAAUCUUAUGUUUAGAAGCUAGAUUACUUUCCUCUUCUAUUUUUUAAAUCAAAUUUCUGUUACCUGUGUCAAACAGUCUUAGAAUAAUGAAAUUGUAGGACUGAAAGGGACCUCAAAAGAUCUUCUAGCCCAGUCCCCUAUUUUCCCCCUUAGACUUGCUUCCUAUGGGAUCUUACCUACCAACUCCCUGAGUUUGCUAAAGUCUGCCUUCUUAAAAUCCAUUAUCUUUAUUGUGCUGUUUUCCCUCCUAACAUUCUUUAGAAUUACGAACUCUACCAUUUCAUGAUCACUUUUACCCAAACUGCUUUCCACUUUCAAAUGCUCAGCCAGUUCCUCCAUAUUUGUCAAAAUCAAAGCUGGAACAGCCUCUCCCCUAGUAGUUUUCUCUAUCUUCUGAAAUAAAAAAAUCUCUUAAUACAUUCCAAGAACUUGUUGGAUAAUCUGUGCCCUGUUGUGUUAUGUUCCUGACAGAUGUUUGGGUAGUGAAGUCCCCCAUCACCACCAAGUCCUAUGUUUUGGAUGAUUUUGUUAGUUUAAAAAAAAGUUUUACCAACCCCUUCUUCCUGGUUAGAUGGUCUGUAGUAAAUCUUUGCCAUGACAUCACUCUUGUUUUUUAUCCCUUUUAUCCUUUCCAGGAGACUUUCAACAAAUCCGUACCCUAUUUCCAAGUGUGUACAUUUAAUAUAUACACAAAGCAAUAUCGCCUCCUUUUUUCACCUGCCUGGCCUUCCUCAGCAAUCUGUACCCUUCUGUACCAAUACACCAGUCAUGUAGUAUCCCACCAAGACUAUGAUGCCAAGUAUGUCAGAGCUGUUUUCAAUAACUAGCUUUUCUAGUUCUUCCUGCUUAUUCCCUAUACUUCUUACAUUAGUGUACAGACAUCUAAGAUACUUAUUUGAUUUUUCCUCCCACACACACACACACACACACAUUGUUCUCUCUUGUCUCUUCCUUAUCCCAGCUAUGUAUUCUUUAUGUAGGCGUAUACUUGCAAGGUUACUGUUCUCAGAAUUCUCUGAGUAUAAUAUAUUGCAUAUGGGACUCCUUUUUAGUUCAGUGUCCCCCUGCAGGGCAGGGGGAGUAACUCUUUAAAAAUUGUCAGCAGGCAAUUAAAUUUGUGAGAUGGAAAAACUCAUUCUCUGGGCUAGGUAGCAAGUGGUCCUACCUAUUGAAUAAUUUAAAUCUGGUAGUAAACAAAAUGGUUGGCCUUUGUUUGCCUUACUAGAAGACAUUCUUUUUCUCAUCAAAUGUGCACUAGUGGUUUGGUACACAACAAGUACUCUAGUCAGUGUUAUUGAAGAUACGCUCUGAUCUGCAUUUGAACACAAUGCACACUCUGCUGAUUUCACUAAUGUAUCAAUAGAUUAAUAUAUUUUGUAACUAAUGCACAAGCUUAUUUCAUUCAAACAACUUUUUUAAAAUAAACUCAUUAAACUUU